UUCAACGACUUUCGGUUCUCAACGAGAAACGUGUUAUUAGGCGUAUCUGCGGGAUUAAUUAUACUGGCAUUGAAUCGGCACACACACAACGCACAGACACAAGGGAAAAAUACACAAAAAUGGCGACGGCGAUUGUGAGAUCUACCCUCCGGUCCGCCCUACGCGGUGGCGCCUCCACCCCUCGCGUCUCACCGGCGUCCAGACGCUCUUUCUCCGCUUCAUCCGGUCACGACGAAGCUGCUGAGGCUUCCAAGUGGGAGAAGAUUACAUAUUUGGGAAUAGUGGCAUGCUCUACUCUCGCUAUCUUUAACCUCUCCAAGGGCCAUCCGCACUACGACGAGCCUCCUGCAUAUCCAUAUUUGCAUAUCCGCAACAAGGAGUUUCCUUGGGGUGAGUUCCCCCUUCUUCAUAUGAUUCAUUUUCAUGAUAUUUGUUUUGUAAAUGCUUGUUUAUCUUAUUUGGUUUUGGUGUGUGUUGACUUUUGUAUGUGUAUGGAUAUUUAAUUCCUCACUUGUAUAAAUGUAUGAAUGUAGCUUGUCAUUUUAUCUCCUUGAUAGAAUUUUAACUUCUAAAGUUGAAGCAUAUUCAACCAUGACAAAAUAUUACUAAAGUACUUCCCUAAAUUUGUUCACUUAGAAAGUAGCAGAGAUUCUAAGUAGUGGGCUGUAAGCCUGUAACUUUUCUAUCACCUAAGAGUAUUUAUGUAAUUGGAAGUUAGUUUAUAUUCUUGAUGGAUUGGAGAUGUUGAAUCCAUGUAACUGAAUCUCGGGAUGUGUACUUGCUUAAUGAAAAUUUAUACUCCCUCCGUCCAUGAAAUGAGUACCUAUUUGUGGGCGGUACGGGUUUUAAGAAAUGUAUGAAGUGUAGUGUGAAUAGUUUAAGGGUCCCACUUUUUGAGUGUAUUAAUUAAAGAGAUGUGUGGGGUAAACUUGCCAAAAAUGGAAAUGGGUACUCAUUUCGUGGACGGACGAAAAAGGAAAUAUGAGUACUCAUUUCGUGGACGGAGGGAGUACUAUUUAUUCCUGGUCUAUGUGUUCAUCUAUUUGUUGUUGUUGACUUGUUGGGCGUAAGUUGGUAUAAUUCCUAAGCAAUAGCUCUCUAAUCUACUUAGGGGGUGUGUACUUUGCGUGAUUGAUAAGAUGCAUGAUUGAGUAUUUUUAUCCUUAAGUAGGAUUUCUCCAAUCCCACCUUUAAGAAUCAGGCAAAACUAGCUUAAAUGAUAAAAAUAAUCAAGGGCCUUGGGAUAUCCCAAAAUUUCAAUCCGUCAAAGUAAACAAGUGAUUAACCUUACUAUUUUUAUCUAUCAAGGCUAAUCAUUUAAAGUAAACGUCCCCUUACUAGCUGUUAAGACGGAAUCCUAUUGUAUAGUAUAUUGUGAUUUUUCAAUACUUUUUUUUUCCCCAGGCAAUAUUGUUUAACUCUAUCAAAUGGCCGUGAUCUAAUUAGUCUGGGUAUUUACCUGAGAUCAUUUUUGUUAAUUUAAGCUAAAAUUAUUAGAGCUCUCAAGUUGAGGACAUAUGCUUUUUCCCUAACAUGCAUCUCAUUUCAAGCUCAAAAAGUCAGUUAUUUGCAUUUACUACCUAGUACACUGCACACCUUUUUUAUCUACUGGAACUCAGGAAUAACUUAGAAAGUUGAACGAGUUAAUAUGUAUAUCUGAUAUAUUUGAAAAGACCCGAGGUGAUUAUUGUAUGAAGUAAAGUGAUGAGGCAAACUGCAGCGAAUAGAACGUACAUUUGUGUGGAUAUUCUUGAUUCUUGAGCACAAUCUACCAACAAUACACCUAGAGUACAUUAUACAACUUCACAGAUUAGUGCAACAUCUAUCAUAAAAUCUUGCUAUUGAUUUUAUCUUCUUUUUUCAGAUUGAUGCGAUAGAAAUAUAUUAACUUUGGUUGCUGAUGAUGCAGGUCCAGAUGGCCUAUUUGAGGUAAAGCAUCAUUGAGUUUUUAGGCCAUCCAAUGAGAAGGCCGUUGCAAUAAUCGGUGUUUUUUUAGUUUGUUUCUUCUACACAUUUAAACUUGUCUGUUGGAAUGUCCUUAGAAUUCCAUACAGUAUGUUGUGUUGACAAUUGGCAGUUUCUGGAACCAGAAGUUUGGAAUGCGGUUUGGCUGAUUUCGCCUUUAUAAGUUUGAUCUGUUCCCUUAAAGCAAACUGAAAUUGAGGAAUAAAUUAAGUGCAUUUCUUCCUA